AUGGCUUUACAUUCCUCAAAAUCAUUGCCCAUUGAUCAUUCCCUUGCUGAUAACAGCCCAAAAAACAUACGUAAUAAUCCACAAUUUACUUCUGGGAUUUUUGGCGUUUUACAGUUGAAAAUAACUGCUCAUAUCAUUAUAAUCAAAGAUGUUGUCGAAGUUGGUAACUUGUUCAAUCAACAUGUAAUCUAUAAGAUAAAACAUUUUGAAAUACUACCACUUUUGUCCUCAACCAUCACCAAAAACUUAAUUUCAAACGACAAAGACGAAAAUUACUACUUGUAUUUAUUGAAAAAACAAUUGAAAUCAGAAAGCUUUUACUUUUCCACCACUUUAGAUUUAACCAAUUCAUUUCAGAAAAGCAAAGCUUCUAAUAUUAUUAAUUCUCCUGAUUUCAAGCCUAAUUACCCUUUCUAUUGGAAUUCCUUUGCCCUGAAACCCUUGAUAGAGUUAGCCGCAAAGAAUCCCAUUUUCAAAAAUUUUUUAUCAUAUGUCGUAAAUGGAUUUAUUGAUCUUGGAAGCUUUCAUCACCAUAAAGAUACAAAGUUUAGAAUGGCUUUGAUUACUAGGAAGAGCAAGUUUAGAGCAGGCACUAGGUAUUUUAGAAGAGGUAUCGAUAAGGACGGUAACGUUGCCAACUUUAACGAGACUGAACAGUUACUAUUAGUUUCAAAUAAUGAUUUAAAAAAUGGUAAAUCCACAUUAAUUAUGUCCUACAUUCAGAUAAGAGGCUCAAUACCUGUUUACUGGGCAGAAAUUAAUAAUCUAAAAUACAAACCUCCAUUAGCAAUUGGUGAAUUUUCUUCAACCUCUUCUGCUGAGCUUCAUUUUCAAAAUAUUUUCACCAACUAUCACAAUGAAAAAUUGGUUUUGAUUAAUUUGAUAAAUUCCACUGGACAUGAAAAAAAAAUUAAGGACAAAAUCAAUUAUAUUUACUUUGAUUUUCACGAAAACUGCAAGAAUCUUAAGUUUGAAAACGUGAAUAUUUUAAUUGAACAAUUAAUUAACUCUGGUGAUUUAAAUAAUGACGAAUUUUCAGUUUCUAAAAUUGAUACAACAGAUCACAUUACAACACUUCAAAGCCAGAAAAACAUCUUAAGAAGCAAUUGUAUGGAUUGUCUUGAUAGAACAAAUGUAGUUCAAAGUUCAAUUGCUGAAUAUGUUUUACAAAAACAAUUUGAACACUUAAACAUUAUUGAAAAAAAUGGUAUUAAUUUUACUCAAAAAUUUCCUAAAUUUUUCUUGGAUUUUAAAAAGAUUUGGACCCAUAAUGCCAAUUCUAUUAGCAAAAGUUACUCAGGUACCAAUGCACUAAAGACUGACUUUACACGAAUGGGUAAAAGAACUCUAUCUGGACUAUUUAAAGAUGCUUACAAAUCAUUGAAUAGAUACUUUUUGAACAACUUUUACGAUGGAUCUAGACAAGACUCAUUUGAUUUGAUUCUCGGGGAAAUUACCCAUGAUGAAUUUUUCUUAAAGGAAAACGAAGGGUUGACUACAAGGGAUAAUAGACCUAUGAUUGUUCAGUUAGUUCCUAAUAUUUUGAAAUCUGCAACUGUCUUGCUUUUAACAGUAAUAUUUUAUCCCAAGAAUAAUUCGUUAUCUAGCCCAACAAAUUUAAUAUCCUUAGGAUGUUGUUGCUUGUCCAUUUUUUUCUCAGCAUAUUUUAUUAUGCAUAAUGGUAUGCAGUAUGUCAAUUGGCCAAAACUAAAGCAAUUGGAUUAUCUCCAAACCCAGGAAAUAUUUUCUAGCCAAAAUCACCCCUCGAUUAAAUAUGUAAUACAUGAUAAUUACCUGUUAUCAUGUUCUUUCAAUAAAAUUCAAUAA